GAAACCACAGUAGAAAACCAACAUCUGCAGAAAGGAAACUAUCUCCUGAAAAGAAAAACAAACUUCUUUGUUCCUGUUUAUAUUGUUCUCUUUCUCAAUUAUAUCAGUUUUGCGGAGUUUCUAUUAUAUAACUGUGUCUUGAUCACUGAGUUUCUGCCUAAAUUUUUUUUUCUAUGGAUUUGAGACUCCAACAAGCUGCUGAGUCUGGAAGCAUCAAUGAGUUGUAUGCUCUUAUUGAUGAGAAUCCAUACAUACUUGAGAACAUUGAUGCGGUGCCAUUUGUGAGCACUCCCCUACAUGUAGCUGCAGUUUUUGGAAACAUAGAAUUUGCCAUGGAGAUGCUGAAUCUUAAGCCCUCUUUUGCCAGAAAGCUGAACACAAGCGGUUACAGUCCAUUGCAUCUCGCUGUGGAAAAGGAACAAAGCGACUUUGUCUCCCAUAUGCUCUGGCAUGAUGGUGGCCUGUCCCGUGUCAAAGGGAGAAAUGGCGUCACGCCGUUCCAUCUCUUAGUGAUAAGGGGAGACGAUGAUCUUGUAGCAGAGUGCCUCAUAACUUCCCCUGAAUGUAUUGAAGAUGUGAACGUGGAUCGCCAAAAUGCUUUGCAUCUAGCUGUGAUGAAUGAUAGAUUUGAAGUUCUCCAGGUUCUCACGGGAUGGAUCCAGAGAAUGAGCCAAAAAGAUGCUUACUAUAUCGAGAACCGAGUUCUGAAUAAAAGGGAUUUUGACUUCAACACGGCCUUGCACCUUGCAGCAUAUAAGAAUGAUCAGCAGGCCUUGAAACUAUUACUAAAAUGCCGGUUGGUGGAGCCGAACCUAGUUAAUAUUGAUGAUUUAACAUUCGUUGAUAUCUUAAGGACCCAGGGAGAGAACGCAGGUGGUGGGAACCUAGAUUUGGAACAAGCUGUUAUAAAAACUGGGUGUGUAGAGGCGGCUUCUAUGCCAAAAUUCAAGGAAGAGUCUGAUUUGUUGAAAUCACCAAUCAAUUUUAUGACAUACUAUUCCACGUCCAUGAAACGCAUGAAGUCUUCCACUUCAGAUCAAGAUCGCGGAGCAUUUCUGAUUGUAUGCACUUUGAUAAUAACAGCCACUUAUCAGAUGGCCCUCCAGCCUCCCGGAGGUGUACACCAAUCUGAGAAUGCGAAUGCGAAUGCGGGUUCUGUGGUGAUGAAACAGACAUUCUUCAUCCUUCUUUGGAUUUCCAACACCGUUGGUUUCUGCUGCGCUGUAUUCUACACCUUUUGUCUCAUACCACUCGGUCAGUUGUUUACGAUAUGGUUUUUUUAUAUAGGGACAUGUCUGUGCAUUUCUUAUGCACUAGCAAUGGCAGUAAUCUCACCACACCCUCUAGUGUUUCUCUCUGCUACCUUUGCUCUCUUCCUUGUUUUUGCUCUCUAUCUCUUGCUUGAAGCUUUCGUAGAUACUUGGCGGAAGCAUCGGACGGUGGUACCUAAGUCCCGAUUCAGCUGGUUUUGGAAGGUUUUACAAUAUUAUUAUAUCUGAAGAGAGGGCUUUAAGAAUUCAAAUGGUGUAACCCUUUCUUAAGAGUUGUGUAAUGUAAUGUUCCAAGUAGUAACUGGCUUAUAUAGAUAUUAAAAAAAAAGACUUGGUAUGUUUAUUGUUUAAUGAGUUUCAUCAGGCUUUCGGAGUUAA